GUGUGUGUGUCGCGGACUUGGUGGUGCGCGUCCGCGAGUUUCGACGGGACGCGCGUGAUAUGCGUGAACGUGAGGGUACAGCGAGGCUCCCGCGGAAGGCGUACGACGGAGGCGACGCAACGUGACGACUCGACUCCGAGGGUGUCCGGCGCAGGCGGUGACAAGCGGCCCGGCGAGGGUGGACGACGGUCGACGACGCUGCGGAGCACAUACACAGGGCGUCCUCGUUCUCGUGGCGAAAGAAGAAAGAGAGAUUAGUAAAGACUCGAAAUUCCAUUACGAGUACGAAAGUAAGAAGAGGAAGCGGACGGAUAAAAAUCGCAAAAUGGGUGAAAAUCAACAGGGAAGUCCGAUAUAUCGAUCGCUCAACAGUCAUCACGAAUCCUACGUCAGAUUUAUUAACACGACGCCUCAUACUAUAACUUUAUACUGGAUGGAUUAUCAAGGGCAGGCAGUUAAUUAUGGCAAUCUGUCACCUGGGGACAACAGAGAAAUAAACACGUUUCAUACGCAUCCGUGGAUUUUCGUCAAUAAAGAAACGGGCGUCAGGUACUUGGCGAACCGACGCGAUGUUUUCUUUCCGAUGCCAUGGUUUAUCAAUAAUUGUGGCGAUUCGCGAGACCAUCGGUUCGGACCAUCAUUACGCGGGCCGCAAAGAAUCGAGAGGACCAACGUGUACAUCGUCCUACCGAUGUUCACUCUCCAGCAAUUGUCACUAAGAGUAAUUAAAAACUGUAUUAGGUACGAUUCGCAGGCUUUCCUCCUCGACAUUCCACGGACCCUUCAGUUAGAUCUCUUUACAAUGCUACCGAGAAAACCUCCCUCGGAACCUUCCCACCACGGAAAUCAAUCCUCGUGACAUAUUCUCUCCUAACGUGCCAUCGUUUUUACGCAAUUAGGAUAAUACCGCGAUUAAGAUAACGAAAAAAAAAUUGGAACAUUCAUAAUUUGUUAUAUGAAGGAAAUAUUUUACAAACUUCAUUAUCUUUUCGUAUGGAAAAGACUUGGAUAAACCUUUUCGCUUUUUUUUUUUUUUUAUAAACGCUGGCACAGCUACAUAUCGCAUAUUAUUUAAUGACAUUACAUGCAAAAUGCAAUUCUUGCAAAUAUACGUAUGGAAAAUUAAUAUAUUUUUUAUUGUAAGACAAAAAUAUAUUAUUUUAAUAUAACGCAUCAAAUCUGUGAGAGUUUUUAGAGAUCAUCUAAUUAACGGGUGUAUCGCAUUACAUCCAGCUUUACAACUGCAAAUUUUUGCGCAAAGAUACUUAAAAAAAAAAAAGAAGUAUUUUCAAAGAAUCGAGAUCUGAGAGAAUGUUUGCCAUUUUCAUUUCGUCAUGCGUAUUCAUCUCGCAAGUGUUUUAUAUUUACAAAGUCAUAUUUUUUUUAUGAAAAACGGUUCGACUAUAUAAUUGACAUAUAUUGACGUUAUGUUUAAUACGAAUAAAUUUCACAAUGAAUCCCGUUGAUAUCCUAACUCUCUAUAACGAUUUCGAUUAGAUACGCCGCUCAGGAAGUUUCAGGAAAAUCGUCGAUAGUAAUCCGAACUCGUUUCCGCAAUUUGUUAGCAGAGUUCCGAAGGUAUUAACCGGCCUCCUCUUUUGCGCCUCGUCCUUUUCGCUCCUUUCUCUCCACGUUUUCCACGUGAGCUCGAUAGAUAUCCCAAAAACUUUCCUUUAAUUAACAGUUAGCCAAGUAUGGAGCACAUUUAAAAAUAAAAAUGUAUAUAGCGACGCAUAUUCGUCGUCGGUAUGUAAUUUUUGUCAAAUAUGUCAAAAUAUUGUAAUAAAAGAAAAUAUAUUUAUAGUUAUAUAUAUAAUACAAAAUAUAUGUGUUACGCUGCCAUAAAAAGAAUUGUACAGAAAAUAUAUAUUUUUAAAUAAUA